GGUGCUGUACUUUGCAUUAAUAGUAUACUUGACGCAGAAGCCAUUAUGGUUCAAUACACGUGACUUUUCUUGAGGAAAAAAGUAUUUAAGGAAAACGCUUCACUUCUUGUCAUAACCAGCAGUUUCAACCGUACCCUAUUACAAUUAAUAUAAAUAUGGCAGAUAGUCCCAAUCCUAGUUCCGUAGAGUACGAGAUCGAGGGUGAAUAUGACUCUGAUGUGAGUUUGGAUGAAGAAGAUGAGGAAUUGAUCUGGAGAGUUUUUUUUAGUGAGUGGGAUAAACAACAAGAUAAUUCAGAAUAUGAUGAAGAUUAUGAAAACGAAUAUGAGGUUGAAUACUCGGACUCUGAAGAAAGUCUCCUGGAAGAUAUAAGUGAUGUUUCUGAUAUUGAUGAUGACGAAUUAGUAUCCAAAUAUAAGGACUUAAUAAAGACAAAAGUUGACAGAGGAAUGUCUGAAGAGGACAAGAAACGUUUAUUAAUAGCAAACUUCACAGAUGACCAGAUGGAAAGAUUUGAAGCAUACAGACGAAUGACUGUAAAUAAACCUGGGGUCAAAAAGAUUUGCAAUGGUGUCCUAGGUCAUUCAAUUGCAGCUAACAUAGCCGUUGUUAUUGCAGGUAUAUCAAAACUGUUUCUUGGUGAAAUAAUUACCAAGGCAAUUGAAGUACAGGAUAGGGAUAAUAAGGGUAGAUUAAUCUUAGACAUUGACGCUAAAAAGAACCAAAAACGUGAGAUUGAACGAAGCUUGGAAAGAGGGCAGGAAAUUGAAGUUGAUGAUAGGAGAUUGCAAUUCGAAGGAGAUAGAGCCCAGCCGCUUCAACCUAACCAUAUAAGAGAGGCUUGGAGACUUUACAAGAUCGAAAAUAGUAGCUCGAUUACUAACCAGACAAGACGCCAAGGAGAUUCUGAUGGUACAUUUUUCAGAUAGUUCCUGGUGCUUUCAUCUAUAAAGUGGCUAUUCAACUUCUGCAGAUCGAAGUCAAUUCCUGAGCAAUUUCACUUGAUUCACGUCAAGACCAGGCAGCUAACUCCUAGUUAGUUACUUGGUUGUUGCUUAUAUUGCUAUAUUUGCCAGUUCAAGCAAAAUCUUUCCAAACAUGAUUAAAUUGCAUUAGACAUUAAAAUUACUACACAGGUUCUUAAUAAAUUACUUUAGCACUUGUCAUGACUUUGAUUCGUUCUUUUCAGAAAGUUCUAUUUUUGGUUCAUCCAUCACUUGCUCGAAUUGAGUAAUUAAAAAUAUCCCAGAGAGGUAGCCAAAAUCCAAAAUUGCUUUUAACAGCGUGCAAAUAUUAUAUAGACACUAAUAUAAAUUUCGCACAUUACUU